AUGACUCAUCCUUCCUCAGGAGCCUCUUCCACACAUUCUUCAUCAUCAUCAUCCUCAACCUAUCAUCAGCACCAUCCAACACAUAGCCACCACCACCACGCACAUCAUAGACCUCAUCAACAUGCUCAUUGUAGAUUUCAACCUCCCAAUCCCAAACAUCAGCCUUUGUUUCGGAAAGAUUUUAUUGUGAUGGCUGAAUUUUGUGAACAGAAAGGACCAACACCUCUAUUAAUUUUGCCAAGUGAGAGAAGUGUGGAGAGGUUUAACGUGCAGAAAUUUGUAACGAGAGUAUUGGCUGGAGAUCAUACGAGAAAACACGAUAAAUUGGGAGAUAAUCUUACGUGGAUUUGUCCCGAAGACACUCAGGUGUAUUUGACGGAUCCUGUUCAGGGUGCCUUUGCCUAUGUCCAUCACUUGACUCUGCACGACAUUAAUGCAAGAGGAUACGUGAGACCUCUAGUUAUUUGCUAUGUCACGAACGACAAGGACAAGAUUAUGCACCACUUUGAAUAUCUUGUCAAUGCAUUUACUCAAGUCUCACACACUCUCAAGUAUGGAAACAAUUGUAAAUUUCUCAGUGAUAUUCAACAACAAUUGUAUGGAAUUCAAAAAAUUGAGAAAAGAUUUUCGAGCUCUGAAAAUUUGCAAAACAACACCAACAAUUCAGAUUCUCCUCUCUUAUCAAAUCCAACCUCUCAAAACUUACUUUCCUCUCCAUCCAGUGGAGAAGAUGCUGUUGCUGCCAAUUCUGACAACCAUAUUGGUGACCACAAGUUAGAAAAACGAUGGAAAGAAAUUUAUGAAGGUUUAUUUUCUCCCUCUAAAGGAAAUGGACUUUCAAGAGAGACAUUUGAGCAGGUGCUGACAGAAUUGAAAGACUUGAGAAGACGAUUCAUGCUUCAUAUUAACAAAUCUUCAGCCAUUUUAAAAUGCAAAAAGAACAAAAAUUCAAAGAAAAGAAUGACAACCAUGAGAGCAAGCGCUCUUCAACAUCAUUCAUACUUGUUCAGUGACGUUCGAUCUCGGUCAGCUAGUAACAGUUCUGGAUACUCUGCUGGUAUACCACGUAGUGGUUCUUUGGGCUCCAAUGAAGAAUUGAGCGACCCAAGUAUAAAUCAUCACGAUGGAGGAAUAACGGAAGGCUCUCCAACAGUUGAAAAUAUCAACGAAUACAGAAUUGUUCCAAAUAAUGGUAGCCCACCAAGACUUGAAGAGAGUGACAGUGCAGAUGAUUUGGAUGAGGAGCAAACAGAAAUCAUGUUAAGCAAAAUAGUCGACGAAGAAACUUUAGAUUCAGGUCUUAUUGACCAUAUUUAUUUAUCAUGCAGUGCUGGAGGUGCCUCUGUCUCUUCGGUUCAUUUGCAUCCAAGUAUGAAUGCGAAUCCUAAAAUCAAUGUCAGUGCUGUUCCUCUUCGAUCUGGAGAUCAACAACAUUUUGCAUCCAAACAACAAGUAUACAGUGGAGCCAGCGUUGGUGGAACUACUUUUGAACCAUUCCCAAAUGCCAGUGUCACUUCCUCAGAUGUAUCCUACGCUACGCCAUUUUCUCAAAACAAGAGUUUAUAUCACCAUUCUCCCCUUGUAAAUGCCCUCAACGAUAUUGACAACAAUUAUUUCAAUACUAAUGCGAGCAGUUCUCUAUUUUCAUUAUCCUCACUCAAGCAUAGCAAUCCAGAUUUUAUUGAGCUCUAUGACUCGGGACUUUCUGUUUCCUCCACCCAUCUUAAACAAUACAUGCCAACAGUAUUGAGAUGUAUUCAUAGAAACACAGAUUUUGAGUCAGUUCUAAGAAAUAUUUCCCAAAUUGCCGGCUCCAAAUUCUAUGAAACUGCAGUUGAUCUCAUGUUAAAUAUUUUGGAGCAUUUCUAUCGAGAUUGUGAUGUCAUUGAUAUUGAAAAUCAAGAUUUAGAUAUUGUAAACUCGAACGAUAUUAAUUCUAUGCUUUUCAUUGGACGAAAUUUCCUAUUGGACUUUAAUAUUGAAAAUGGUUACCACUUUCCUCCAACACUGAAUGCAACAUCAUACUCAAGAAGUUUUGGGGUGACAGCCAACUACUCGAUAAAUUCCAAUCUCAGUACUCACUCUUCCAAUGACGAAGCCACAUGGAUGGAAAAUGAAAAUACCUUUAACGAUAUGGACGAAGCUCUCUCAACAACCAGUCACGACGAUCAUGAUACACCUAAUUUAGUGUUUCCAAGCUUGCCUCCUUCACCUGUUGCUUUUCAACCUGAGCCUGUUCACACCUCCAUCAACAAUAACAUAUCUCCUUCUGCCAAUAAUCGUUAUCAUCUCUAUAAGAAUGGAUUUAAAGGAACUGGAUGCUAUGUGAAUUCAAUUUUUCCAGAAAAUGAAAAGUACGAUGAUCUAUUUCACGAGUUGAAGAAACGAAAAAGAAAUUACUCUCCUACAGCAAGUAGUGGAGGCAACAAUGGCAACAUGUUAAACUCUGGCCAAUCCGGCUCAUUAUUGUCCUCUCUUCUCUUCGAAUACAACUAUGGAGAUAACAAUUUUGGAAAAGGCAUACUCAGAAUUUUUAAAGAGUUUUCAUUUACCAAAGACAUUGCCUAUACUCUUAUGAUUGGCAGACCUUUGAUUAUUUAUGGUGAGCCAAGUCAAGAACAAACGAUUAGAGCAUUGGUAAAUGCCUUUGCAUUAUUUGUGCCAGGUUUUAUUUCAUCCCUCUCCUGUGACACUACAAAAGCUGACUAUUUUCAAAUUUGUCAUUGGAAAACAACACCAAUCAAUCUCUUGGAUUUUUCAUAUUGUAAAAUAAUUGGACUUAGCAAAAAAGUGCCAAUUCCAAGCAUGUUUGAAUCAUGGAUCAGUGUUUUUGAUUUCGAAAAUGAUUAUUACAGUGGACCUAUUUAUUGUGGAAGAUAUUUGGAUAUCAUUUUCGAUGAGUCGAAAGAAUGGGGAAGUGAAGAUGCUUUCCUCUCCUUUACUCAUGCCAUAUUCUUGGAGAUGGGAAUGAAAGCCAGUCUUUUCAAUCAAUUAUUUUCCAUCACAAAAACAAGAAGUCACUUUUAUAAGAAAUCACUUCACAAAAUUUCAACAAGCGAUGUCAAUUCAAACAAGGAGAAAGAUACAGGAAGAGCUUCACUGUUUGGACCCAUGUUUCCAUCUCUAACUCCUCAGCUGAUUCACAAAGGAAGUAUGUCCUCUCCAGCAAAGAGAUCCAAAUCGAAAAAGGGAGGAGCAAUCAAUAAUAAUAACCUUGCAUCACAAAGUACCAUGGUUGGAAAUUCGAAUGCUUCAUUGAUUGGCUCUGGAGCUCUUGAAUCGAUGAAAGAUUGUAGCAAGACCAUACAGCGACAGUUAGGCCUCAAAGCGUGUGACGCCAAAAUUAUUGACUAUCUCGUUGAUUUGAUCCAUGUGCAGCAAUCUAAAGAAAUGCUGGUUUUUAAUUGUAACACUAUUAAGGUUGACACUGAGAUGUGCACCAAACACUUGAAUAAACGAAGGCUGAAAAAGUAA